AUGCUCGAGGAGAAACAUACUUCUCCGAAAGGCUUUAAACAGCCUCGAACUGACAACAAUGUGUAUACUUUGGGCCGUAUCGGUGGCCACAAUAUAGUCAUCGCAUCCCUCCCAGCUGGCAAGUAUGGUACGUCACCCGCGACAGGAGUCGCAAUGGCAAUGUUAUCAACCUUUCCGGAAAUCCGAUUUGGUCUCAUGGUCGGCAUUGGGGCCGCAAUCCCUCGAGGGGACAGGGACAUCCGGCUCGGUGAUGUCGCAGUCAGCAGCCCUGAUGGGAAAAGCGGUGGGGUUGUCCAGUAUGAUCUCGGUAAAGCCCUGAAAGGCGACAAGUUCGAGAGGAAAGGAUCUCUCAAUAGUCCCCCUGACCUGCUCCUCAAUGCGGUCUCGAUGAUCCAAACAGAACAUCGUAAAACGGAUUCGAAAUUCCUAUGUAUCUACGAGGAAGAAUGCAUCUGUUUUGAAAUGGAAGCUGCGGGACUUAUGGACAAAUUUCCCUGCCUCGUGAUCCGCGGACUGUGUGACUACGCAGAUUCGCAUAAGAAUGACCAGUGGCAGCCAUACGCCGCUGCUACUGCUGCCGGAUACGCAAGAGAACUGCUUCAAUAUCUUCCUGUUCAAGAUGUUGGAAAAGUUCCCACAGCAAAUGAGACCUUGAAUAGAACAGGAGGUAAUGGAACUAGUAACCCAACGACAACCCCUGAAACCGAUAGCUCACCCAAUGGUCGUGGGGAAGGUGGUUCUCAGACAAACAACAAAAAUACCAUGCGCGUUGAUUCGAUAUACGAUGGGAGAUGGCAACACCAGUGGAGGCUGAUCUGGGCCGGCCAACACAUACAAGAGAUCAACCCGAAUUUUGCAUCCACACAGCGGAUCUCUGAAAUCCACUUGACCACAUUCACCCACAGCACUUGGGCCUGGUGCAUAGUCGAAGUCGAUGUUUUCCAUGCUUCCCAGCGAGUUCAAGGUAUUCCUGAGGUUCCGACAGUGUGUACUCAGGCCAACGAUGAAUCUGUCUCGGUCGCUAAGCCAUUCUACCAACAAGUUAGCACAAAGGCCGUUACUGCUGGCAAGGAACUCGGAAAUGGUAACAGGACUUGGAACCGUGGCGCCUAUUUCCAGCCACUCGUUGCGAACUCCGACAAAUUCAAAUUCAUCGGCAGACGCGUUAUGUGUUGCCAGGGAAAGAGUGAAGAGGGGGGACUGAAUUUGGCACCGCUCAAUUCGUCUGACUAUUGUUGGAGGUUGAAGGAUCUGAAUCUCGAUAUGGGACAGGGACAUCGUAUUUACGCCGUGAUUCGGGCUUAUAGUUUAUGGGAGCAGUUUGCUUUCAGGGCCUUGGUGAAUGUUUCAAUGUUCCCGUAA